AUGCCCCCUGAGAUUACUCUACGCCACUUGCCUGGGAGAAAACAACGCCCUUUUUGGCCAUACCUCGACCCAGACAUCGGCUCCAGCGAUGAAAACUCAUCUGUUCCCACCACUUCUACCGAGAAAAAGAUGCGGCAGCCUAAACCAAAAGACGAAAAAAAUGCUUUAAAGGAAAUGGAUAGCUCAUAUGAAGGCUUCGAGGACUUGUUUGAGAUUCCAGAAGUUGUUCCUCAAAAGACCCUCGGCGAAAAGGCCGCCGCCUCAGGCUCGCAAAAGCGCGCCUCGUCAGAGACUCAAGCCAGCAGCCCAUAUUCCGCUCAAUAUCCAGUAUCUCGUCAAGUCUUUGACCUCGAGAAGAAAGCCCAAGAAUUGCAGGAAAAACGCGACUACUUCCAGAACCAGUGCAAUGAACUCACCUUGACCCUGGAACGAUUAAAUAAAGCAACGAAGAAGGAGAGAUCUGUCUACCAAGCAAAGUGCACCAGCCUCAAGGCCGCCAACGACGACUUGGCAAAACAGCUCGAGGAAGAAAAAGACAAAGUCGAACAACUCCAAUGCGAAAACGAGAGCCUUGUCAAGGACCUCGCCGCCGCGACCGAAAGAAAGGACUUCUUCGCCAAGAUGCUCGAGGAAAAGGCCUACGAGUCGUGGAUAUUCCGCUGCGCCCUCGCCGUCGUGUUUAAAUCUACCCCGUCCACUCGAGAGCGCGUCUCGAUGCGAAAAGUCAUCUGUGACUGUUUCGCUGCCCUCAAGCAGAAAUACCAGCAAGACCGCGGUCUCCAGCAGGGAGACCAACAAGAAGAAGGCCCAUCUCUCUCUGGCGCUGAAGACUUGUAUUCGGAUUCAGAAGAAACGCCCCUGAGAAAGAUAGCAGCGAAGAAGAAGAGAUCGCGGGCGACGGGGGAACGGGAGAGCCGAGUUUCGAGCGACGACUCGGAAGAAAAACCCCUGAAAAAGCAAGCACCGCCGAAGAAGAGAGCACGCGUGCCGGAGAAAAAGGACAAUCGAGUUUCAAAGGAUGACUCGGACGACGACGACCAGCCUCUGUUUAGUGUCCUAAAGAAGAGAGCCAAGAAGCUCAAGAUCAUGCCGUCUCGCGAGAAGUCGUCAUCCUUUGACUGA